AUGUAUAUUUUUCAAAAUAAAGCAUUUUCAAGGUUGAUGAAACUUUCCAGUCGAUAUUGUGUGCCUUUAGGGUAUAAUUUCCCACAGAUAUAUUGUAACAGACCUAUUCAAUUUCUACAUACAAAACAUAGCAAUACUAUGAAAAAAGAGGAAGAAAAGUUUCGGACUUUUAUUGUACAAAAAUAUAUAAAUUAUGUUAAAAACUAUACGAAGGUACUAGAAGAUAGAUUUCCUGCUGCAAUGAGAAUGUACAGAGUUUUCAGUGUAGGAAUUAAAGACUUCUUAAAAGAUCUUAAAACAUAUAUUUCACUAAGAAUUAAAAUCACCAAAAAUGGUGGAUUUUCAAAUAUGUCUCGUCAAGAAAUAGAACUCUACCAAAAAAUGCCUUCAGACAUGUGGAGAAUAGCUCCAGUUUUAAUAUUAUCAGCAAUACCAUUUGGAAAUUAUAUCAUAUUUCCUUUAGCAUUUUUGAAACCAAAAACUUUAUUGUGUUCACAUUUUUGGUCAAUACAACAAAAGGCUGAAUUUUCAGUGCAAGACUUAAAAGAUCGUCUUAAACAUAAUAAACCAGUUUUUCGAGCACUUCAAGCCAAGGUUGACAACCUGCCUGUUGACGAAUUAACAGAACGCUGGAAGCAUGUUCUUGGCCGCUUAGGUUCCGGUGUUCACCCAACAGUGCAAGAAGUUAUAUCUUGCAAGGAACUAUUUAGUAGAGAACCAUAUAACUUGUCAAGUCUCUCAUAUUCUCAUAUGGGCCACUUACUUAAGAUGCAUGGUUGUCGGAAAAGUUUUUUUAGAAGAAAUAAACUCAAAUAUAGAGCAUUUAUACUUUUACAAAUGGACAAAGCCAUAACCAGGGAAGGUGGUAUAGAAAUUUUAGGCACAGAGGUAUUACGAAAUGCAUGCCAAAUACGUGGUUUGAAUAGCAGUCAUCUUACAAAUCAAGAUAUGAAAAUUUGGUUACAACAGUGGUUGGAGGUGUCCAAACACAUUGACUCUAGUUCAUUUUCUUUGCUUCUUCAUUGCCCUAUAUUUUUUGCAUACAACCAUCCUAUGAACUGGGUUCUUAUUUAUUAG